AUGGAUUGGCUCCCUCACCGAACAGCUGCUUUUCUGUUCCUUUUAUUGGUACUCUUGGAUUUCAGCACAGGAUUUCAUGUAAAGGUAAAAGAAUGGGAUGAAAAUGGAAUGGCAAGAUGGAAAACCUUCAGAAGACAAAAACGUGAAUGGAUCAAAUUUGCUGCAGCUUGUAGAGAAGGAGAAGAUAAUUCUAAGAGGAAUCCAAUUGCCAAAAUCCGAUCAGAUUGUGAAGAAAAGCAUCCAAUCACAUACAGCAUCUCUGGAGUUGGAAUUGAUCGUGCCCCCUAUGGAAUAUUUGUUGUUAACCCAAGAACAGGAGAAAUUAAUAUAACUUCAAUAGUGGAUAGGGAAGUAACCCCAGUAUUUGUUAUACGUUGCUUUGCUAAACACUCAGUGACGGGUAUAGAUUUGGAACCACCCCUUGAACUUCGAGUCAGAGUUCUGGAUAUAAAUGAUAACCCUCCUAUAUUUGCACAAACUGUAUUUACAGGAUCUAUUGAAGAAAGCAGUAUGGACAACACACUGGUGAUGAAAAUAAUUGCAUCAGAUGCAGAUGAACCUAAUCAUUUGAAUUCUAAAAUUGCCUUCAAGAUAGAGAGUCAGGAACCUUCAGGUCCACCCAUGUUCAUUAUGAAUAAAUAUACUGGAGAACUCCAUCUUGCAAAUUAUCUUGACAGAGAGCAACAUAGUAGCUACACUCUUGUUGUGAAGGCAUCAGACCGGGAUGGAGCUGCAGAUGGAAUAUCAUCCCUUUGUAGCUGUAACGUUAAAGUUAUUGAUGUCAAUGACAACUUCCCAACUCUUGCUCAGAGCUCUUUUUCAGCAAGUAUUUCAGAAAAUUCACUCAGUUCAGAUCUGCUACGAAUACAAGCUCUGGAUGCUGAUGAAGAGUUUACAGACAAUUGGUUAGCAGAGUUUUUCUUUCUAUCCGGUAAUGAAGAUAACUGGUUUGAAAUUGUUACAGAUCGAGCUACAAAUCAAGGAAUCCUUAGAGUAAUUAAGGAACUGAAUUAUGAAUAUCUCCAAACUCACUCACUGAUUAUUGGUGUCAGGAACGUAGCUGCCUUCCACCACUCUGUUGCGCGUGACUUCCAAAUGUCUGGAACACCCCUCACAAUAGAAGUGAAAAACGUGAUUGAACCACCAAGAUUUCAUCCGUCUUCAGUUGUGUUUUCUGUAUCAGAAAGCACAAGAGUGAAUUAUGUUGUGGGAACAUACACAGCCAUCGAUGAGGACACUGGAGCUAUUGCAUCAAAUGUUGUAUAUAGUAUAGGACGUGAUCCAGCUGCCUGGUUCAGAAUCAAUCAAAACACUGGUGAAAUCACACUGAACAAAGUUAUUGACCGGGAAUCAAUCUAUGUAAUCAAUGGGCAGUAUAGAGCAGAGGUUCUGGCUAUCACCAGAGGGGUUACUCGAUAUACUGCUACUGGCACCAUUGUGCUUUCAAUACAAGACAUCAAUGACAACUGCCCAACUAUUAAUACUGAAUUAAGGAAAGUAUGUAUGCAUUCCCCAUCAGUGAUUAUCACAGCAAAGGAUAGGGAUGGUGACCCAUAUGGUCCCCCCUUUACGUUCAGCAUACAUGGUGAACCUCAAACUACAUGGAUUAUCAGAUCAAUAAAUGCUUCCUCUGCAGAACUAGUGAGUCAGAACAUUGACUUUUACAUCUAUAGGAUCUAUAUCAGCGUAAGAGAUAACCAAGGCCGACGCUCAUCUUCUACUACACUUAGCGGCGCUGCCAUUGGCCUGAUGUUUCUUGGCGGAUUAAUAUUUGUUCUGAUUCCAAUUUUGAUGUCAAUGAGCGACUGUUGUGGCUGUGGACCUGGCGCUGCAGGUGGAGUUGGAACUGGAUUUGAACCUGUACCUGAAUGCACAGAGGGGGCAAUUCAUCCAUGGGGAAUAGAAGGUGCACAGCCUGAAGACAGGGAUGUCUCACACAUUCUUGCCCCAACAACAGCUGCAGGCGGUGAUUUUUGUGAACCCUCUGACAUAUAUACAAACACAUAUGGAGGAGGAGGAGUAGUAGCUUCUGGUGUUGAAGAAACUACAGGGGUUGGCUAUGGCACUGGUACUGGUUACGGAACAGCUGGAGGAAUUUCUGGAACAGGGGAAGUAAAAGGGUCAAUUGGAGGAACAAUAAAAGAGUAUCGAGAAGGAGGGGUGAACAUGGCCUUCCUAGACAACUACUUCUCUGAGAAAGCAUUUGUGUAUGCAGAUGAAGAUGAAGGUCGGCCGGCAAAUGACUGCCUAUUAAUAUACGAUCAUGAAGGAGUCGGUACUCCUGUUGGCUCUGUGGGUUGCUGCAGCUUUAUUGGAGAAGAUACAGACGAAACGUAUUUGGAUACAUUAGGACCAAAAUUUAAGACCCUGGCAGAGAUCUGUCUGGGGAAAGAGAUCGAACCUUUCCCUGAUGUCAACCUGCCCUGGCCAUGCGUUAACGUCACCUUUCCCAACCCUGAAAGUGAUCUAAACCUCCCGCCACCUGGAACCACCAUCGUUGUCAACGGAUGUGCACCUAUGCCUCCCCCAGUUGGCACUACAACGGUUGUUACUGAAAACACCUACACAUCUGGGUCAACCAUACAGCCUCCGAGGCCGAUGCCGGAUCCUUUGCUCCAUGGCAACAUGACGGUGACUGAGACCUACACCUCCGGCUCCCCCUCUCUUUGCGUUGACCCUCUGCGUGCAUCCAACGUUGUUGUAACAGAAAGGGUUGUCGGUCCUGCAUCUGCCUCUGAUUUGCGUGGCAUGCUAGAUAUCCCCGAUCUCGCAGAUGGUUCCAACGUUAUCGUCACGGAAAGAGUAAUCGCGCCCAACUCCCGGCUCCCAACCUCUCUGAGCAUUCCCGAUUUGGUAGAUGGGUCGAAUGUGGUGGUGACAGAAAGGGUGUUCAGGCCUGCCUCUGGCAUGCCAGGCAGCUUAAUAAAUAUUCCCUCGGAGUUAUCGAACACCCACAACGUGGUGGUCACCGAGAGGGUAGUGUCAGGGUCUGGGAUGAGCAGCCUCGGGGGGACAAGCCUGGGGGGGACAAAUCUGGGGGGCCUGAGCAGCACGGGUCAGAUGCUCAGCGCUGACUGUCACCUUGGCCAGGCAAUGGGCACAGCGUCCCCCGGCACCUCCCGGAGAAGAGUGACAAAGUACAGCACUGUGCAGUACUCCAGUCAGUAAGGCCUCUGCCAACGCCCCUUCCUGCCAAAAUUGCCAUUUGCACCAACACUCGUU